CAAAACAAAGGGUGCACCCCUGGUAUAGCGCGCAGUUCAGGAAAAAGACACAAACCACCCGUCAAGGGCACGAAAUUCAGUGACUCAUACUGCAGUAGAAUGUUUUCGUUUUUUAAAAGCAAAAAGCCCAGUCCCACACAGAUCCCGUCGGAUCCAAUUCCUGGCGCGAUACCACCGGCUCCGCGAGAGGACGAUUUCAUCUUUAUCGAACGACGCGGCCAGCAACCCGCCGCCGACGAUGGAUCCAGCACCGGAACGGGUACGUCUACCGGAGCAGUAGCGGGAGUGGGCGCAGGUGGUGCACUUUAUCCGAGCGUACCGGAACCUCCGGUAGCUGGCAACGAACAGGCAGGCUAUCCUGUCCCGGCCCGGCAGCGGAGCGAUGAAAAGACUGGUCACGCACUGCACGGUGUCCCGUUUCGUCUGUCGGUGGACAUUGGACAGCCGACGGAUAUGGAGCUAACGCGCAUACAGGCGAACGAAAUACUGACCUACAUCGCACGGAUAAUGUACGCGCCAGAGUAUGACUUUAGUCUAGAACGGAGCGUGCUGCAGGAUUGAGUGCGUUGCGGACUGGAGCCAACUACCACUAGGCUGUAUAUACGAGCAUGAGUCUACAACUCCAAUAAACCAAUUUUUCUACUUAUUUGGUAUCGUAAUGUACUCGAUACGAUGAAGAGCAGGAAAAGGAAGAAGGCCGGUACAUGCAUUGGCCAGUUGAUGUGAUAUUAAAAAGUGUGGUCAACCCAAUAUUUGCUUACAAUCAACCAGAAGCUCCCGAUGUACCCGUGGCAUUGCAAACUGUAAUAAAACGUUUGUUUCCUAUUUAUUCUGAUCAUACUGGGGCGUGUCCUCCCUUUAAGGAUCAAUAAUUAUUUACUAAACAUAAAACAUAUUUUGGCUUUAUGUUCUUCAGAUGUGCGAAGACGGAGAAAUUAUAGGUAUGAUGCUGCGUGGGAUUAAUAUAUGCCUCAAGUAACAAUCAAUAAGCCAUCCGGUAGACUCUUAUCGUCGUGUUGGGCAUACAUUUUCUGGCUUCAUAUGACUUGUGAUUAUAUCUCGUCCGUAGCUGGAUAGUCAUUCCUGCGUCAGAUCCGGAUUCGAUUCAAUAUCCGAUCAUUCCAUGUGCAAGAACGGCGCUGCUACCGGCUCUGCCACUGCUCCAGAACUCCAUCUAUCUUGGGUAAAAAAUCAACACCCACAACAGCAUCACAGAUAUUAACAUACGCUGGGAAUGUAUAGAACUUCCAAAAAUAAUCUGAACUAAGAAUUAAGAUCCAGAUUUUUAGCCUGUAGCCCUUGUAUGUGCGGAAGGACACUAACGAACUAUGCCAUGUGGGCUCACUAUUCUGCAGCGAAUUAGACUUUAGCCAGGUGACUUGGACUGACACCAAACAACCCUGCCCUUAAAGUCUUUUCAGUUUGUCCUCACUUUACACCAACAAAACAUCUUGUAGUAUCUACUGGAUGCGUUUGGGAACCAAUCAGUUUUACUACCUGUUUGUCUCACUGUAACACAUCCAUCGGUUGAAUUUAUUCAGCUGAACUCAUGCAAACAAUACCUGCGAUAUUAAUUAAUGGACUUGUUAGCCUUCCUGUCAUAAAAUCGAAAAAAAAACUUUCCAACAACUGCUGCUGCUGCAACGUAUUGUUGCUACAUAUAAAGAAAGGUUUGAGGCUCCACCGCAUCCCAGCAAAAUAUCACGAUGGUGUACCGCCUUGCAGUGAGUUGUCUACUGCUGCUAGUAGUAACCGAGACAGAGGUUACCGGUGCCUACUUUGAAGCAGCUCCCAGCACAUACUGUACCAUUCCACCGGACGUGAUCAACGGGAAGCUCGCCGUACCGACAAACUUGACAACUACAUGCAACCGUCGGCGACAGGAGUAUGACGAAAGCGUUAAGCAAGUGUUUGAAGCCAUCCGGGGCCAUAUUAUGGAGCAGGUACAGGCCACGGAACCGAUACGACUCGAGGUGAACAAGUUCACUGCCAACAUACCGGCCAUAUUGAAACACGAUCAGGUGAAAGACAGUAAAAAUGAGCUGGACGAGCUUCGUACCCGUGUGCUGAUAGCGGCAAUUGAGGCAGGUCGUACACCGGACGCUCUGGCGCAGUACUUCAUCCUCGGAGCGUGGGAUCGGUGGCAGGAGAUAGUGGAGCAGAUCUAUCAACACCCACAACGUCACCCACAGCACGUCGAAAAUCUGCUCGGCUUCAUACGUUCCGUACCGGGAAGGGAGGAUCGUCUCGAGUUCUACCAUCUGCUGAAGAAGUAUAUGGUCGAGAAGAAGGACUACGAGUCGUACCUUGGUGUGAUGUUCGCCCAGGAUGCCCGGCAAGUCGUGUUCGAUACCGACGGUAAGACGGCGCUGAAUGAUAGUGAUGUGGCGGCACUGUACACGACGAUGGUUGACGGUGCGGCAAGAUUCUUCCGACGAGCGUUGCUGACCGGCCAGGAACGAUAUGAUCUCAUCCUGCUCGAUCGUAACUAUCCGGAGCUGUUUGAUAUCGUGUUUGAGCCGAUGUUUAACAUAACGGCGGCAGAAAUGGGCCGGUUUGAUUCGUGGAAAAUGAUGGAAGCGCUCUGCCGGGUGCACCGCCCAAUGGCAAAGGUACGCAUGUUUAGGAAAACGGCCUACCUGCUGGUGAACAGCUUCAAGUGGGAAAAACAGAACGAGUACUACGCACCGAUGCUGGCGGGAUACUUUGAGGCAUGCCUGCCACAGAUCAAGGGCGAUCCGGCUACAAAUACCAUGGUUGUUGAGGUGCAAAACAUAUUUAGCAGGUUUAAGACACGGAUGAAUUAUAAAAGUAUUUUGAACAUUAUCGGUAAAACUAUUCAUACCUACGCGGGAUGAGAGUGAAAGCUUUUGUGUGCAACAUUCUACAAAACCGACAAUAAACAACCGGAACAACCCGAA